GCUUGCAACCAUAUUCAUCAGCAUCAUCAACAUCGUAAUUUGUUCAUUAUUUUCUCAUUCUUUUUAAUUUUUUAUUCUUUUAUUUUCGAAUUUACCUUGGAUCACUUCAACUCCAUAAAUCCGGACCCUAUAAUUCCGUUUCAAUGCCUAGAUUUCAGUUUUCUCCCAUCUAUCACUUCACUCCAACUUCAGCUUAAAGUUCAUCAUUGCUCAUCGAUCAUCAAUCAUCAAUCAUCAAUCAUCAAUGUCACCAUCACCAUAAUUUCUCAGAUCCUAAAACCCCAAAUCAUCAAAUUCAAUUCCAUGAAACCCACAACCAAUCACAACCAAAUCCCACCGCCAUGGGAGCUUUUCAAAGCUCCAACAAUCAUCAAAUUCUUAGUUUUAUCUUUCCUCAUAAUCUCCCUCUUGUUUCUCUUUUCUUCCAUCUCUUAUUCCCCUUCAUAUUCCCUUAAUUCCUCCAUGUCUUCAUAUCUCACUAAUUCUUCUUCCUCUCUUUUUCCACCUCCAUUACCAGUUCUUGAAGGAAUAGGAAUAAUCGAUGAAAAUGGCGUUAUGGUUGAUGACUUUAAAGUCGGUGAUUUCGACCCUAAAUUAACCCACGAAAUGUUAGCCAAUCUCAGUAACAAAAAUGAGAGGAGAGAAGAUGAAAACAAAGUCAAGGCUGUUGAGAAGUUUAAAAUGUGUGAUGAAAGUAUGAAGGAUUUUAUUCCUUGUUUGGAUAAUGUUGAUGCAAUUCGUCAAUUAAUUUCGUCGGAAAAGGGGGAGAAAUUCGAGCGGCAUUGUCCUGAAAUGGGGAAAAGUUUGGAUUGUUUGAUUCCUGCUCCUAAAGGGUACCAAUCUUCUAUUCCAUGGCCUCAAAGUCGUGAUGAGGUAUGGUUCAAUAAUGUACCUCACACACGCCUGGUUCAAGAUAAAGGAGGCCAGAAUUGGAUAUCCAUUAAAGGAGAUAAGUUUGUUUUUCCUGGUGGUGGCACACAAUUUAUCCAUGGUGCUGAUCAAUACUUGGAUCAAAUUGCACAGAUGGUUCCUGACAUUAAAUUUGGUAUAAACAUCAGAGUGGCAUUGGAUAUUGGUUGUGGAGUGGCUAGUUUUGGUGCAUUUUUGAUGCAGCGUAACGUUUCCACUCUUUCGAUAGCUCCUAAAGAUGUUCAUGAGAACCAGAUCCAAUUUGCACUUGAGCGUGGUGUCCCAGCAAUGGUAUCGGUUUUUGCAACUGGCAGGCUGUUGUAUCCAAGUCAAGCUUUUGAUUUGAUUCACUGUUCAAGGUGCAGAGUUAAUUGGACUCGUGAUGAUGGGAUAUUGCUUCUUGAAGUUGAUAGAAUGCUGAGAGCUGGAGGAUAUUUUGUUUGGGCUGCACAGCCUGUCUAUAAGCAUGAAGAUAACUUGCAAGAACAGUGGAAAGAAAUGGAGAAUCUUACCUCGCGUAUGUGCUGGAAACUGGUUAAAAAGGAAGGUUAUAUUGCUAUAUGGAGGAAGCCGUUGAACAACAGUUGCUAUCAGAAUCGUGAAACUGGUACACAACCUGCACUCUGUGACCCAAAUGAUGAUCCAGACAAUGUUUGGUAUGUUGAUCUGAAGGCCUGCAUUACAAAGAUACCCAAAAAUGGUUAUGGAGCCAAUGUGUCCACCUGGCCUGAGCGCUUACAUCGUCCACCAGACAGACUGCAGACGGUCCAGAUGGAUGCGUACUUGUCCAGAAAGGAUAUUUUUCGGGCAGAGUCAAAAUAUUGGAAGGACAUUAUACAAAGUUACGUUAAUGGUUUUCGCUGGAGAGAGUUAAAGAUGCGCAAUGUAAUGGAUAUGAGAUCUGGGUUUGGCGGGUUUGCAGCAGCAUUACAUGAUUUGGAUCUCAAUAGCUGGGUUAUGAAUGUGGUUCCCGUUAGUGGGUUCAACACUUUGCCAGUAAUCUAUGAUCGUGGUCUCCUUGGAGUUAUGCAUGACUGGUGUGAGGCUUUUGAUACUUACCCUCGAACGUAUGACCUCCUCCAUGCAUCGGGUCUUUUCUCCAUUGAGAAGAAAAGAUGCAACAUAUCCACCAUUAUGCUUGAAAUGGACCGAAUACUAAGACCGGAUGGCCUAGUUUAUGUACGAGAUUCAAUUUCAGUCAUGGAUGAGCUUAAAGAAUUGGCAACUGCAAUGAGCUGGGUCUGCUUUCUUCAUGACACAGGAGAGGGUCCCCACUCUAGUUGGAAGAUUUUGAGAUGCCAAAAGCGAAGGUGAACCCUUGUGUGUUCCGAAAUGGUGUAGCUUUCUUAAAGUGUUACUGCAUUCGAACACGAGCAAGCAACAAGUGCAGAGCUUAGUUCCAUUGAUAUAUACGAGAACCAGUAUGGGUUCAUCAUGGUUUUGAUUCAUUAAUAGGCCAAAUGACAUACUAACAACUGUGACAAGUUCAUUAAACACGAGCGUAGAUAGAACCAUCUGAAUUGUAUGUUAUACCGACAUACUGUAAGCUCAAUUAGGGUCCGAAAAGCAUCAAAAAUACUUGUAACCAUUUAAAUAAGAGCAUACUCUAGACAUAGUUGUUUAAUGAUCUAAAACAAUUAGAUGCAUGUGCUCCAUCCA